UUGUACUAGAUAAGCCCCGUGUACAUAGUGGCCAUGUUCAGCCCCUAGAUAAACCUUGAUAAAGGAAUCACGAAAUCUGCCGUAUAUAGAACAGUUUUAGAACGAGUGUUUGGACUUAAUACCGGUUUUCAUAAUGCCUGUAAUUAUUUAAGUGCAUUUUAAGACUAACGAACGUUCGCUAAUGGCGUUUGAAGGAACAGCACGGGUUCUCUUUAUUUUUGCCGUACUACACGUGACAGGUGCCGUCACAACCUACACAUGGGGUUCCUGGGGUGACUGGGGAUCUUGUAUCAGUAACUGUCCAGACAGCAACACCGGCACGAAAACCCGCACUAAAGCAUGCAUCGCCCAUAUCACAACGGCAAACCACACCACCACACAUUCAGUUGUAUACAUCCACUGCGGCACCUCGACCCAGAGUCACCAGAACACAAACUGCAGUGUUACCUGUCCAACUUACAUGUGGAUGCCAUGGUCUGACUACAACAGUUGCAAUUCUACGUGUCACCCAGGAGAUACCAGGGUUAGCGGCUACCAUACUCGCUUCAGGGAAUGCCACCACGUGCACAACAGUGCGAGUGGUCCCACAAGCCAUCACGCGGUGGUAAUCAGUCACUGCAAUGGCACCGACCUUUACGCUAGCCAACAGUCGCAGACACGUUCAUGUCAUACGAGGUGCCCAGUCCCAGUGAACGGGGGUUGGGGCGACUGGACAUCAUGGAGCACGUGCUCGGUCACAACGGGGACGGGUAGCACGGAGCGACACCGCAGCUGUAACAACCCGGCGCCCGCACAUUUCGGCAAAAACUGCGCGGGGAUUAGCCAGCAACAUAACCCAUGCACCGUAAACGUUUGGAGUGACUGGACUGCCUGGAGCCAGUGUACCGUCACGUGCGGCACCGGGGAGAAAUUGCGCAUGCGCCAUUGUGUAAACGGAAGCCGAUGUGACGGCGCAACUGUAGACAAGGCUUCCUGUGCACUGUUGCCCUGUUCUGUAGAUGGCGGGUGGAGCACGUGGAGCGAUUGGAGCGGCUGCAGUGUCACGUGCGGGUACGGAGGCCGCUUUCGAAACCGAACAUGUGAUUCCCCAGCGCCUCUCCAUGGUGGACGGCCCUGUGCGGGAGUUGACAGUGAUAUCGAUGUAUGUUAUGAUGUUGCAUGCCCAAUAGACGGUGGGUGGAGUAAUUUUACCUCGGCUGGCUCAUGCAGUGUCACGUGCGGUGUGGGGGUGGCCUACUCAACCCGGAAGUGCGAAAAUCCCCCGCCACAAUUUGGUGGCAAAGAGUGUGAGGGUUCCCCUGCCUCGUUUGAGAAAUGUGAAAUGCCCGGAUGUUUAAGAGACGGAGGAUGGACAGGUUGGUCUAACCUAACUUCCUGUAACUCCAUCUGCGGAAUGGGGAUGCAGCGGACCCUCCGAACGUGCACGGCUCCCGCCCCCGCCAAUGGCGGUAGUCAGUGUACAGGCGAUUCCAUGCUCUCCCGCGAGUGUGACAACGGGCCAUGUCCAUCAGACAUAAAAGUUUGUGAUGGAACAUUGCUUAAAGAUGCAAUGCGCGGCGCCCAGUCCGCAGACUUCAAUUGCUAUAACACUUCCGGUACGGAUACUUCCGGUUCGGGUAGUUCCGGUAUAGACCCUAAAGGCAUGAUUUCCGAGAUGUGUCUGGCGCCCGGCACAGAUUCCUGGAUAAUAGGCGUUCAGGUCUCUUCUAUUUGCUCCCAACUACCAAUCUACUCUCCCUUGGCAAGUUUAGAGACCGGAUCA